AUGCCCUCCCCAGGGCGAACAGCUCCGAGGCAAGCUCCUCAUAAGAGUUUCCCUCGAUCGGGGGGGAUGCGAGAAACCGGCCGGCAGCAAAUACGGUUGACGAUUCUUCGUACGGAUAAGGCGACUAUCCGAUCUCAUCAACGAACCAAGGAGACCCUUGAAGCCCGGCGUAUGCGCCUCGUGUUCCGUGACGAUUUUGAAGCAGGCCAUGAUGUGCGUGUGCAUCUCUGGCCACUUCUCGAGGAGGCCUGCGAUGGCGACGAGGGUUAA